AUGUUCACCUUCCUCCUCCUCUGCAUCGUCGUGGUCACUUAUGCCAUCGACUUCAACCUCUUCCUCGGAGUGGUGCUGGCCGUCGCUCUGUUCUUCUCCCUCGCCAUCCGCCGCCUCUGGCCCCUCCUCAAGUGGCUCUUCACCGAGGACCAGGUCAAGCCCACCCCCAUCACCCCCGCCGCCGCCUUCCCCCAACCCACUUACGGACCCGGCCCCGACGAGGACUGGGACCUUCCCAUCCUCCCCUCCAGCACCACCACCACUGCUGUCUCCACUCCUGUCCUCGACGACACCCCCACCCCCACCUCUGUCCCCGUGAUCGACGCCUCGACCAUGUUCAGGCGCGACUUUGAGCUUCCCACCCUCGAGAUGCGCAAGUUUGCCGCCACGGCCUUUGCCAUCCCCACCCCCGCCUUUGAGAGUGAGUCCGAGUUCUAUGCCGACGUCUCCACCGACGAGCACGACAUCUCCGACUCGCUCUCCAUCUCGACCGUCUCCACCCUCCCCGCCGACUUUGGCGCCGACUACAAGCUCCCCGACUCGGUGUACCACUGCUCGGACCUGCGCUGCAAGAGGUGCCACCCUUUCGAGGUGUUCAGCAUCCUCAAGCCCAAGCGCUCGUUUGAGGCGAGCAAGGAGCCCCAGAACCGCCACGCUCCUCGCAAGGCAGUGGGCUUUAGCGACAUUUCGAUCGUGUACCACUUUGACGCCGCGCGCACCCCCAAGCUCGCCAACACGGUCACCCCGCUCCCGGGCGUCCUCAAGCCCGAGGCGCUCAUCCUCAAGCCCAUCCGCAAGCACCGCUCCCCCAUCACGGUGCUCAUGGAGGCCAAGGGCCGCGCCCAGCGCCGCAAGCGCAACGCGAGGAACGCCGACGAGGCCGUCCUCGCCGCCUGGGACCAGUACUGCGACAUGAUGCAGGAGUUCUGCGACUGGUUCCUCGACGCGGGCGGUGCCGCAUGGUAG